GAGACUUUAACGCCAUGCCAAAGGCGAACAUGUCAGCCGGGGACAAACAUGACGGAUACGAUCUCCCUGUGUACGGGGCGGACACCUAUCUCUUCUACUCCCUUCACAUCCCUGCCCUUCUCUGCAUUACAGCCAGCUUCGUAUCAGCUGUCAUUGUUCUGGUUUUAUCUUACAAGGCUAGAAAUAUUCGGACAUUUUUCAAAUGGACAAAAAGUGAACGUUUCGUGGUUUAUCUGGCUGUCUGUGACGGUUCCUUCAAUCUGGCACACUUUACGGACCACUUCCAUAUACUGGUCACGCGAGACCACGUGUAUCCGAAGCCGCUCUGUCAGUUUUACGGGCUGAUGUUGGCCGAGUUUAUCACGGCCCAGAAUCUGAUGGUGAAUAUUGUAGCCAUCAAUGCGUUCCUACUCAUGUACUUCAACCGUAACCUUAACUUUGGUACAAAGGACUACCGAUUGUUAAGCUGGACCUUCGGAAUACCUCUGGUUGGAGCAGCAACUGCGGCGUUGUUAAAACAGUUGGGUCCCAAUGGGUCAUUUUGUUACUUUGACGGAGUGACUGGAAACACGACCAACUUCCUGUUUACCACCGUCCCUCUCUGCAUCAUUCUGUUGAUUAAUACCACGCUUUACAUCCUUAUAUACCGGAAGCUCUCGGUAGAAACCAGGCGCCUGCGCAAAAGCAUUGGGCAGCAGUCCAGAACAAUAGCAGCCAAUCACAGUGCAGUGCGCUCGAUGUCAUUGUUCGUUCUGGCAUUCAUUGUUCAGUGGUGGGCGAUGGCCGUUUACGGAGUCUGGGCCUUUGUUAAUCCGGAUGGAGUUCCGACGGUGGUUUUCCAUUUAGUCACGACUUUCUCAAACAUUGGAGGGAUACUGAAUCUGGUUGUCUUUAUCAUCAUCAGAAAGAGGUCUUUGAAGACAGUCAAUCCGACUGCAGACUGCACAAUACAAUCUAAUCUACCGAGGAUUGAGAAGCCUGAAACUGGGUAGUCUGGCGGAAUUGAAAUAAAAUGGUUCUGAAGUUGGCAUUUGGGGGACGCUUUGUGCUCCAGUUGCUACACUGCUGUAUCAUGAAGAAAAGACCAUGCGAUUUUUUUUAUAUUUAUAGUAGUCGGCUGAGUUUUGGCUUGGUUUGGUUUUGACUGACGUCAUCAAAAAUCUUUGAAAAAUCCCAUUUUCAUUUUUAAAAUUAUGUCUGGAAAUUCGACAGUGUAAACAAAAUAAGCAUGAAUUGUUCCUAAAAUUUCAUGUACAUGUAUUUCAAAUAAGUUUCCGAGCUAAAAAUAAUGGAGCGGGCUAUACGACGGUUAUCAUGAUUUUAUAAAACUUGAUAGCAAGUUGAUGACAAUUUUCGUACAUGACAAAUUGAAUGAUAGACAAGACACGUCUGUUUCGAGUCGAGAUUCAAUGAAUUCGUCAGUCCCAAUUUGUUAUGCCAAAUAUCAAGCCGAGCCGAAAUUAGCUUGCUGCAACGUGGAUAUUCUGUAUUUACUCUUAUUUCAGUAUAGGAGGUAAAUUUGAUCGCCUCUCAUAUUAGAAAUAUUAGUAAUUUUUUUUAUUCUAAUACAGCAAACACUUAGUUAUUUUUUGUAGCACUGGUGUCGUCCUGUACAUGGAAUUUGAAGAAAUUACUUAUUUUGAAAUGACGGUUUAUUGCUACAUAAAGUGUCCUUACAUUUACUGUACUAGAAACCGAACUCAUAUCAGAAAAAAAUAUACAAUACGAAUUUUAUGAGGACUUUAUAAUGUUUGAAUUUAAUUUGUUUUGGGUUGUUUGUUU